ACAUAAAUACAUUCCUAUUACCCCCCCUCUCUCUCUCUCUCUCUCCCCAUCUCUUUUCGAUUCUCGCUCACAAUCGCGUAGAAUCACUCUCUUACUAGUAACCUGGAAUCACGAAACAAGCAGCAGACCAAGACCACCCGGACGAUUCUUCUUCUGAUCAGAAACACAGAGAGACUCCCAAGAGUCUGAAGAACUCCAUCGAAGCUAUUGAAGAGGUUUAAUUGAAGGUGCUGAUCGAUUCUCUCCUUCAAAGAUCACAUUCCGAUUUUUUUUUUCUGUUUCUUUGCAGCAAACGAAGAACGAAGAUACAUCAUUUUUCAUUUUUUUUUCCAGAAACUGUAAGGAUGUUUCUAAAGGUGCAGCUGCCUUGGAAUGUCGUAAUUCCCGCUGAAAGCCUCGACACCAAAGGACUUAUGCUCCAAAAGUCUAUAAUAAUUCGCCUCUUAGAUGACUUCUCAACGAAGAAGGCAACAAAAGAGCUCGGUUAUUUUCUUGCACUAACCACUCUUGACAACAUUGGGGAAGGAAGAGUUAGGCAGCAUUCGGGUGAUGUACUCUUUCCUGUACUUUUCAGCUGCAUCACUUUCAAGCUUCACAGGGGCGAGAUCUUAGAAGGGGUUGUUCACAAGAUCUUGAAGCAUGGUGUGUUCUUGAGAUGUGGGCCCGUUGAGAAUAUCUACCUCUCGAAUCAGAAAAUGCGCGAUUAUCGGUAUGUCCCUGGGGAAAAUCCCAUCUUCAUGAAUGACAAGAUGUCCAGAAUCGAGAAAGAGGUGGCAGUGCGCUUCAUUGUCAUCGGGACAAAGUAUAUAGAGGCUGAGAAGGAUUUUCAGGCAGUGGUAAGCUUGGAGGGCGACUUUCUUGGACCUGUUGGACCUGUUUCUUAGGUGAAGCUUCUCAUUACUUGAGUCACUGCUUCUUAUCUCGUUUUGCAAUGUAAAAACAUGUUUGACAGCUUAAACUGAUUACGACUAGUCUUUUGUUGUGAAGUGUUAUUCAAAAUGGUUUUUGCACAUCUUAAGCCUUUUUAAGUUUUGAGCUGCUUCUUAUAAAAGGUGAUUUGUGGGC